AAGGCAGAGACAGAGCUGCCAAGCAGCAAGGCAGAGGACAACUCAGAAACCAUCCACUCUCUUUAAGACUGAAGCUCAUAUCCUCAGCCUCCAGCAUGAAGGUCUCCGCAGUGCUUCUGUGCCUGCUGCUCACAGCUGCCACCCAGGUGCUCGCUCAGCCAGAUGCAGUUACUGCUCCAGUCACCUGCUGCUAUACUUUCACCAGUAAGACGAUCCCAAUACAGAGGCUGAUGAGCUACAGCAAAAUCACCAGCAGCAAGUGUCCCAAAGAAGCUGUGAUCUUCAAAACCAAGCUGGGCAAGGAGAUCUGUGCUGACCCCAAGGUGCCUUGGGUCAAGGAGUCCAUGAAGCAGCUGGAUGUGAAAACUUCUACUCCAAAGCCUUGAACACUCAUUUCACAACCCAGGAAUCUGAAGCUAAUUUAUUUUCUACUCACUUUCCUUAUAUGCCCUCUAUGUUAAUGUAUUAUAAUUCCAAAGAUUACGAACUAUGUCUGUUGAUAUAAGACAUGAUGCCUUAAGUAAUGUUAAUCUUAUUUAAGUUAUUGAUGUUUUAAGUUUAUCUUCUAUGAACAUUUUUUUAAAAAAAACAAACAUAGAUUUAUUUUCCUUCGUGAGUCUGAAUUCUAUUCCUGAGAUGGUGUGAGGGUCCUUAAAAAGAUCAUUAUUUUUUUUAUCCUAUAAAAUCUAAGACCUUGUUAAAAUAUUUUAUGGAUAUAUAAUUAUGUAACAAAUGAACAAUUAUAUAUAUUUUUAUACAAAA